AUGCCGCUGCUGCUGCUUUCCGCCCGCUGGUCCGUUGCCAAGCACUACGACGCCAGCGGUGGCAGCGGGAAGCUCCGCCGCGUGAGCCCGCCGCACCCAGAAGUGGGCUGGGUGAACGUGCUGGCGGAGCGGCAAGGGCUGCAGCACGUCUUGCAGUGGCAAAGGGACAUCCAGCGGCCGCCGCAGAGAGAAGCAGGAGGAGGAGCGGACCUUGGAGCCGCAGCUGCAGCGGCAUCGGCAGAAGCCAAGCCGCCUCAGCCUGAGCGGCAGCGUCCUGGCAUUUCCUCUCUUUGCGGGCUGGUUCGGGUUCGAGCCGGCCAGACAGCCCGCGGGGCUCUCACGCGGUGGACAGCGGAGGAGGAUUAUCUCCGCAGGCUUUUGUUUGACGACAGUAGUUCUUGGCAGUCAAUGUGUUCGCUGGAGAUCGAGAGCUUGCUUGCUUUCGAUCGGGAGUAUGCCUCCCACAGCCCCAAACGGUUUGCGUCUGAGCUAUGGGAGCCGGAAAAAAUUGAGUUUGCGGACUUCUGCCGCCGCAGCGGCGCGAGCUGCCUGGGCCUGAGGACGAAGCUGGGCGCAAGCUCAGACGAAGUUGCGGACUUCUUGCGGCGGCCUCUCGCUUUGAGAGUGCCUCUGCUGCCGCUUCGUUUGAUUUUGCGAGGAUGCUGGAGCACGCUGGUGCUUAAGGGGUCCGAUUUUGUCAGACGCAUUGGCCGCGGCCAGGGCGGCCAGCAGGCCGCGGCUGACCUUCUUGCGCGGAAGAAGUUGUUUCAGCAGGAGCUGGGCGACUUUCCGCCCCUGCCCUGGGCAGAGCGGUCGCACAAGUUCGAGCAAGACCAGCGCAGCGCGGCGGCGGCCGCUGCCCUAGCUGGAGAAGCGGCGGGCGCUGGCCCGGAAGCAGACUUGAAAUUUCAAGCCGCGCACGCGCAGAAGCUCUCAGAAUUCUUGCGCCAGUGGUCUGGCGCCAUUCUGAAGCUAGCAGACGACGAAGAGAGCCGCGAACAGUGCCAGCUGUUUUUGGAGGAGAACGUCAUGCGGCUGGACGCCGUUGUUAGCGCAGCAGGUAGCUCCGCAGAAGGCGAGGGGCAGCGGCGGCAGAGGCGCAGCAAGGAGUCCCUUUUGCAUGCUCUCUGCGGCGCCAUGCACUUGCGGGACCGAAGCAAGCUAGCGGAAACAUUCCGCCAUGCACUUGGCUGCGUGCCCGGGCUGUUAGACGGUCUUGGCCCAAAGCCACUCCCGAAAAUGCCCAGCGCGUCGCAAAUCAGCGCGUCGCAAAUCCAGAUUGAUGCAGCUUUGUGCAGCUACUACAAAACCAAGUUUGAGGCGUGGUGCGCGGGGAGCUGCCGCAUCUACAUGUGGGCGGACUCUUCCCCGCAAGGCGGCACUGACUGGCUCAUGUCCAUGAUGCGCAUCAUCGAAGGGCGGCGCUUGGCGACGUGCGCGCAAGCUGCGGAGUACUUGGAGCGCUCUCUGACAGAGUUCCAGGAGCUUGUUUGCGCGGCGGCCCCCGCUUCAGCUGACACGGAACCGGAACCGCGCCCGCGCGGCCCACGCGCAGCGGCAGCCGCAGCGGCAGCGCGGAUGGAGGAAAUCGUUCAAGAAAGAGACGCCGCCUGCCAAGCUCUAAGCCAACACAUCAUGACCCAUCGGCAGAUCCCCAUGGCCUUGGGCAGUGGCAGCCAGUCUGCAAACUUGGACAUGAAGCUGCUGUGCAUGGUCAAGAAGUUUGUUGCGGAGACCCAUCGCCACUCUUUGACCCAGGCCUGCCUGAGCUGUGUUUCCGCGUUCUGCACUGACCUUGGCACGGAAAGUGGCUUUGCUGAGCAGGCAGAAGGCUUCAGCUUUGCGGAUGUGCUGCCGCAGUGGAUGCAGGACGCCGAACUGGAGCUGGACGCUGAGCCCGCGGCGGAAGAGGCCGCGGCAGCAGGAGGCCCCCCGCUCUUGUUCGCAAACGCUCUCCCUUCCCCCGGCCUGUUGCGCAUCUUCCACAACAUGUGCAACAGCAUUCACGAGUCGCUGGCUUCCUACCAGGACUGGCUGGCAAAGUUCAAGGCCGUGUGCGCCUUGCUUCACCACAAGCACUUGCGGAAGCGGUACAUAGCGACUUGCCUCUUGGGCAGCCCUUGGGCGUGGAUGGUGUCGGAGCAAGAGGCCGGGGCGCCAAUGCCAGCGAUGUGGAGGUGGGGCUCAAUACAGAAAGCUUUGCCGUUUGUCCUGGCUAAGAAGAGGAUGCUUCAGGUGACUUGGGACCAGCGCAAGUUCGAUGGCGGCGGCGGCAGCGCUGGCGCUGAUGCCAGCGAGGCCCAGCAGCGGCAGCGGCGGCCUGCAGAUGGCGACGCGGAGCUUGACCCAGGAGCGGUGACGUCCGCAGUGACGUCAGAAGCUUGGUGGCUCUACACCUGCAUGUUGGCCAAGCUGAAUCAGUUCUCAGCGGACUUGCGCAGCGGGAAGCCCCGCGCAGCAGCACACCCGCCGAAAGAAAUGGGGUACCCCGCCGCCGAGGACGGGGGCAAGCCCUGUCCAAUGUCCGGGCAAAGAGCCGUGGAGCUGGCGAGCGGGGAGUUGUGGCAGCGGAUUGACUCUUGGGGUGAGGGCUAUCUGAUGGAAAUUUUGGAAGGCAACUACUGCACUGACGAAGAGCAGAUUCAGGCCGCUUUGACAGAUUUCGCCCGCGGCAAAGUCACAAUGGUUGAGCACCUUCGGCAGAAGCUGCAGUGCUGGGAUUGUUUGCCGUGGAAAUUUGCCGCUCUUAGCCGCAACACAGAAGCUGCUAGACAGAUUGCGCGGGAUGCGAUCGAAAAGUUCGAUAAGCAGGCUGCUAGCGGGGCUUCCGCCGCUGAGUUGCACCACAGACUCACACUGCAUUUUUUGCAGCCUGGGACAGCGGGCAGGAAGGAGCUGUCUGACUUUGCGGAGGGCGCGGAUUUGCAAUCUUUGCCUACGCUGGGUCCGUUUGUGCAGAGCUUGCGGUUUGUUCCAGUUGUGGAGCGCAUUCAGGAGCGGGAACACGCGACUACAAAGAAGCUGGUGGCUCACAGAGGCAAGAUCACCGCGCCCUUUGUCAGUUGUCGCCUACGCAUUGACGAAAUUCGGAAGAUCCUCGACGCAAAUUCCCCGCAGGAACUGGAAACAUUUCUGCGCGCGUGGGAAGGCGUCCAGAAUCCGGAUGACAUGGCUAAGAGGCUGGGCUUCUGGAGUCACCCACUGUGGGCCCAAGGAGUAGCUGCCAGAAGGGAUGCAAGAGUGAAACUGAGCCUCGCAGCGUCAAUCCUGUACGCCAUGGACCCAGCCACCCAGUUCCAGAAGGUGACUGCUUCACGGAAGAAGCGUUUGUGCAGAAAGGCGGAGAAAGAGAAGCGGGUUAGAGCCGCGUUGAGAGAGUGGGAGCUCCAUAGACCUGAGGGCCGCGGCCGCCGCUGCGCGCAGCCACGGUGGAAUUUGCAGAGCGUAGAGCGCCUUGCUGUUGCUCGCCACUUGCAAGAGAGACUGGCUUUGGGCUCUUUGUACAGUUUUUCGCACAACUCUUUGCAGUUCCAGAGCUUGAAAAAUGCGCUGCAGCGGCAGCAGCCUUGCGCCUUGCCAGCGGCGUUGGCUCCGCCUCAACAGGAUGCCAUCUGCGACAAACCCGCUGCGCAGCCCAUGGAGCUGUGCCUGGAUGUUGAGCCAGAGAUGCUGCUUGGCCCGGUGGAGUCCUCAGCUUCGACAGCGGCGCCUGAGCCAGAGCUGGCGCUGGCGGCCCAGCCCCGCAAAAAGGCAGAGCCGCAGCCAGGGCCCGGGCCUGGGGCUGCAGCGCCUGCGGAUUUGGAGGCUGGCGUGCCUAGCGACAGGCUGGACAGUGUGGUUUUCUUGCGGGUCGUGAACAGCCAGCCAAGCAGGAGGAAAACCAUACCCUUGCCCGCAGCGGAAACCGCGCGCUUGAGUUCUUCAGACUUGUGCGUCGCUUUCCACAAAGGCGUGGUCAUGCGCGCGCCGGUAGAGUCUGCUGGCCAUGCUGACGCGGGCGACGCGGGCCUGAAGCUGCAGCUUUGUGUGGGCGCAGAGCCGGAGGCAGCUUGCGGAAUCUCGCACCAGGUGCGCGUCUUGUCUUUGUGCGGAGACGCCGCAAGCGGCCCAGACCGCGUCGACAACACAGCGACUUUGAAGCAAACCAUGCGACAGUGGGAGACUGAGCGAAGGCUAGUUUUCGGGCUGAGGCAGUCAGCGAUAUCUGCGGGCGUGUCGCGGCUUCUUGGCGACUUGGUGCUGAAGCGGGCAUUUCCGCAGUGUAGUUUGGAGCAGUGUCUGCUCAUUGAUGCGUCCGACGUAGCCGCGCGCAAUGCCGCGCAAGAGCUUUGCGCGUUAGGCGCGGUUGAGCAGCGCGGGCAGCAGCGCAGUGCCAUUUUCUGGGGACUCACUUGCCACGGAGCGGGCAGCUUGGUGCACAUGCAUGUCGCGCACACGCCGCGGAAGGUUUUCCUUGGCGCGGAAGAACUUGCCGCUUUGCCGCUGGCGGACAUAAGCCAGAGAACGAGCUGGGAGCUGCUUCAGAUAUUGCUGCACAGCGGCUGGGAAGUGCAGCGAGGCCCCUCAGAGGCAGCCAAGCGACGGGCCUUGCCGCCAAUCACCCGCAGAUCCGCUCGCCGAGUCUUUUACGCGCGCGACAUCAGCAUCUGCGGCCCCAAGAUGAGAGCGUAUAUGCAAGCGCUGUGUGUUUCAGGCGAGCUGUUUGAGCAAGGUUUUCUUGAGGCCGUUCAUCACGGGCAAGGCGAAAAGUACUACUUGUCCAUCCUGGGCCGCAGUCACAACGGCGCAGUGCCGGAAGAGCAGCCCUUGCGGAUCGAAGACCGCGUUGACCAGGCUGCGUCUCCUGCCCCUUUGGAGCUCGACGUGGACGAGCACAUGCUUGGGGAGCAGCAGCAGCCGCAGUGUUUGCUGCUUCCAGCGCCUGCCAGCCCGAAGUCAGACCCCCUGGGAGCGCUCCUUCUUUUGGAGGAUGCGGCAGCAGGCCAGUCUCAGUCUCAGGAGCCAGACGCGUCCGAUGCGGGGUCCUGCAGCGGCAGCAGCGCAGGGUUCGUGGAUGACUGCAGCGAGGCAGCCUUCCAGCCGGACGGGGAAGCUGAGGGCGUCGGUGCUGCAGCGGAAGCCCCGCAGCCUCCAGCGGCAGAAGUUGGAGAAGUUUCGCAGGAGGGCCAUGCCGGCCAGGCGGAGGACCGUCAGCGGGCAGCCCCGCGGAGAGCUGCCGCAGAAACACACCCAGACAGCUUUUGGUGGGGCUGUUUCCGGCUCACUUUCACAGGCCCGGACAAGCGGCCGCCGCACGGACAGUGGCAAGCUAGCUGCCCUUUUCAUCGCCUGAGUUCGGCAACAGGCUGCACAAGGGCCACGCAAGCGGGCGCCACCGCGAAUAGUAAAGAUGCUGCCAAGCGCAGGCUCCAGGCUUGGUGUUUGAUGGCGACUUUGUACGACCGCAAGCGGCGCCACACGUCCGCAGCCGUCAGCGCCGCGGACAUUUUGCCGCAAGAGCUUCUUGACCAGAAGCUGUCCGACUUAGGCCGACCAGCAGCAAGGCCGCGCACAGACGAGGAGCUGGACGCUGAAGAAGCUGCAGAGCUCGAGCGCGACGCA